CUUGGGAACCAAAAUGUCCAGGUCCGGGUCUGGCUCCUACCAGCAAUUCAGUUCCCUUGGACCCCAGUGAUUCCCUUCAGGCGGCUGCGUGGGACUCUGAGCCCAGAGCCUUCUCUUCACACGGCAGAAUGAUCACCGUGUUUGUCCGCAGCAUAAGGUGGAAGAAAAUAGGUUUAUCCAGGAGAUAGAGCAGCAUGAGCAUGGAGUGGAGAGGGAUUUGGAGUCCGAAGCCUUGGCUUUUAACCCCAGCUUUGCCAAUUACCAGAUCUCUGACCUUGGGUCCAGUUAUCCUUGACUGCCAUAUAUGGAUUCCCAAAACUCUCUGAAGGAAACAGUCCUCGUUACGGGAGGAGGUGGCUAUUUUGGCUUCCGCCUAGGCUGUGCUCUGAACCAGAAGGGAGUCCGUGUGAUUCUGUUUGACAUCAGCAGCCCUGCUCAAACCAUUCCAGAAGGAAUCAAGUUUAUCCACGGAGACAUCCGCCACCUCUCUGACAUAGAGAAAGCCUUCCAGGAUGUGGACGUCACUUGUGUGUUCCAUAUUGCCUCUUACGGUAUGUCAGGGCGCGAGCAACUGAAUCGAAACCUGAUUGAAGAAGUGAACGUGGGGGGCACAGACAACAUCCUCCAAGCUUGCAGGAGGCGAGGGGUGCCAAGGUUAGUUUAUACGAGCACCUUCAAUGUCAUCUUCGGAGGUCAAGUUAUCAGAAAUGGAGAUGAAUCUCUGCCUUACCUACCUCUUCACCUCCAUCCUGAUCACUACUCUCGGACCAAAUCUGUUGCAGAGAAGAAGGUGCUGGAGGCCAAUGGUACAGCCCUGGAAAGGAGUGAUGGGGUCUUGAGAACCUGUGCUCUGAGGCCGGCUGGCAUCUAUGGGCCUGGAGAACAGAGGCACCUCCCCAGGAUAGUAAGCUACAUUGAGAAGGGCCUGUUCAAGUUUGUGUACGGAGACCCCAAGAGUCUGGUUGAAUUUGUCCAUGUGGAUAACUUGGUGCAGGCUCACAUUCUGGCUUCAGUGGCCCUGAAAGCUGACAAGGGCCACAUUGCCUCUGGGCAGCCCUACUUCAUCUCAGAUGGCAGACCUGUGAACAACUUUGAGUUCUUCCGGCCUUUGGUUGAGGGCCUGGGCUACAAGUUCCCAUCCAUCCGCCUGCCCUUGACUCUCAUCUACUACUUUGCUUUCCUAACCGAGACGGCCCACUUCAUUCUGGGUCGACUGUACAACUUCCAGCCCUUCCUCACCCGCACCGAAGUUUACAAAACCGGCGUCACACAUUACUUUAGCCUAGAGAAAGCCAAGAAGGAGCUAGGUUAUGAGGCUCAGCCAUUUGACCUCCAGGAAGUAGUAGAAUGGUUUAAAGCCCAUGGUCAUGGCAGAAGUCCUGGAAGUCGUGACUCUGAGUGUCUUGUUUGGGAUGGGCUGUUGGUCGUACUCUUGGUUAUAGCGGUUCUCGCAUGGCUGCCGCCUUCUGUGAUUCUGUCAGUGUGAAGGAGGAGCUAGAAAUAAGGAGCUGAUCACACUUGCUGAGAUGGUUUUCAAGAAACACAGGUUUUGGACUUGGUGGCACAGUGGUAAAGAAUCCGCCUGCCAAUGCAGGGGACAUGGGUUCAAGCCCUGGUCCAGGAAUAUCCCACAUGCCGCGGAGCAACUAAGCCCGUGCGCCACAACUACUGAGCCUGCGCUCUAGAGCCCUCGAGCCACAACUGCUGAGCCCGCGUGCCACAACUACUGAAGCCCAUGCGCCUAGAGCCCGUGCUCCGCAUCAAGAGAAGCCACCACAGUGAGAAGCCUGCACACUGCAACAAAGAGCAGCCCCCGCUCGCCGCAACUAGAGAAAGCCUGCGCACAGCAACGAAGACCCAACGCAGCAAAAAUAAAUAAAUAAAUUGAUAGAAAAAAAAACCACACAGGUUUGAAAAAUAGAUAGACAGACAGAUAGAUAGACAGACAGAUAGACCUGGUGUCAGAUUUUGGAUCUCCAAAUCGCUGCUUAAGAAUAGAUUCUUGGAUUAAGUCUUCAUUUCCUACCUCCUUGCACAAAUCAUGAAGGGAGAAAUAGAAGGGAAAGAGGGAAGAGAUAUGGGGAUAUAUGUAUAUGUAUAACUGAUUCACUUUCUUAUAAAGCAGAAACUAACACACCAUUGUAAAGCAAUUAUACUCCAAUAAAGAUGU